AUGCCCGCGUCGUCCCAGCCCGUCAACCUCGUCUCGGUGAACACUGCGCCGGAGCGAGCGAAGAAGGUGAUUGGCGCUGUCAUUGAGGGCGUCAAGGACCGGUACAGCAUCGUGCACGCAGGAAACUCGGAGACCAUUGAGGGUGUCAAACCGCUGCUAGAGUUUGUACAGCCCCCGCCGGGCAUCCUGUUCUGCGCUUCGAUGUGGACGCCGGAGCAGCAGGAGGAGAUUCAGCGCAUUGCACGCGAGACGAUUCCCGGUAUUAAGACGCACGCGAUCCCGACAGGCUUGCAGGUGCAGGUGGGACCCGACGGCAUCGUCAAGUACUUGAUGGAGAGGAUCGACGAGAUCAUGAAGGACUAG